UUGUUUCGAUCACGUGACGCGAGCUUUGGAAGAUGGUGGAAGUUUCUUCUUCCUCUGAGUGAGACACCCCAACAGAAACCCAAACAUCCCGACGGACCGGGGCUGGGAGGCCGUUCCAGCGUCGCAGAACACCCUCUACAAGCCUCCAUUCGGACCUCGCCCCCCCUCCCCAGCCCUAUGUCAUGGCCAGUGGAGUCACCAAGUCAAGCACCUCCAACGGACACCCCCUGAAGGCACAGCUGCAGAUCACUGUGCUAUCAGCAAAACUGCGAGAAAACAAGAAGAACUGGUUUGGCCCCAGUCCUUAUGUGGAAGUGACAGUCGAAGGCCAUUCCAAGAAGACGGAGAAAUGCAACAACACGCACAGCCCCAAAUGGAAGCAGCCACUCACUGUGAUCGCGACUCCAUUCAGCAAACUAGUGUUUCGUGUAUGGAGCCACCAGACCUUGAAGUCAGACGUGCUCUUAGGCAUGGCCGUGGUGGACAUCAGCGAAACUCUCAAGUCCAACGACAUGAAAAUUUCUGAUGUGGAGGAGACGCUGCAGCUGUACGCCGACAGAGAGCAGUCCGACGUGGUGGGAGACCUUUGUGUCUGUCUGGACGGCAUGACGGUGGACCCUGAAAUGUUCGCCUCUGCAGAAGCCGACCAUUACAGUGCAUCUAAUGGAGAAUCAUCUCAGCAUAAUGGGAAUCAUUCAAUAAGGUCAAGCCGAGACAACUCCCCAGCCGUGGACAGCACUGACUCCAGAUCCUCUCCCGCCACCCGGAGGACGGCGAACAGCAAAGGGUCUCCAUCAAUGGGAGGAAAGCCCAUCCGACCACCGAGACCUUCCAGGCCUCCUCCCCCAACUCCCCGCAGACCAACUUCUUCACCAGCACCUUCCAGCAACGGCUCCGCGCCCACAGAGGUCAGCGAGGGCCCGCCGGCGGCUGAUGCACCGGCACGGACCUCGGGACCCUCAUCUGCGCCGGACUCGAGUCCGUCGACGUCCUCGAGCAGGACCUCCGCACCCGGAACGGCAUCCACCAGGCAGCCCACCGGCAACGCAACACCUUCUCUCCCUCCCAGAGUACCAUCCGUCAACCCUGCACCACUACCCCCUGGAUGGGAGCAGAGGGUGGAUCAGAACGGCCGGCUGUAUUAUGUGGAUCACGUUGAAAAGAGAACGACGUGGGAACGUCCUGAACCACUGCCUGCUGGCUGGGAGCGCCGCGUUGACCAGAUGGGCCGCGUCUACUUUGUUGACCACAUCACGCGAACCACCACAUGGCAGCGGCCCACUAUGGAGACAGUGCGUAACUAUGAGCAGUGGCAGCACCAGCAGAGCCAGCUGCAGGGCGCCAUGCAGCAGUUCAACCAGAGGUUUAUAUAUGGGAUCCAAGACCAGGCGUCAGCUGCUCAGAAUAAGGAGUUUGAUCCUCUCGGCUCGCUGCCUCACGGAUGGGAAAAGAGGACGGACGCCAAUGGAAGAGUUUACUUUGUACACCACCCAACACGCUCCACCCAGUGGGAGGACCCUCGAACCCAGGGGUUACUGAACGAGAAGCCGCUCCCAGAAGGCUGGGAGAUGAGAUUCACCGUGGAGGGCAUUCCUUAUUUUGUUGACCACAACAGGAGAACCACCACCUACAUCGACCCUCGCUCAGGAAAAUCCUCACUUGAAAAUGGACCCCAGAUCACUUAUGUUCGAGACUUCAAAGCCAAAGUUCAGUACUUCAGAUUCUGGUGCCAGCAACUGGCAUUGCCUCAGCACGUUAAGAUCACAGUAACAAGGAAAACCCUCUUUGAGGACUCUUUCCAGCAGAUCAUGAGCAUCAAUCCUCAGGAUCUAAGAAGAAGGCUGUGGAUCAUCUUCCCAGGAGAGGAAGGCCUUGACUACGGAGGCGUUGCCAGGGAGUGGUUCUUCCUGCUGUCCCAUGAGGUUUUAAACCCCAUGUACUGCCUGUUUGAAUAUGCUGGGAAAGAUAACUACUGUCUUCAAAUUAACCCUGCUUCCUACAUCAACCCUGACCACCUCAAGUAUUUCAGGUUCAUUGGACGAUUCAUUGCAAUGGCUCUUUUCCAUGGCAAGUUCAUCGACACCGGGUUCUCACUGCCAUUUUACAAACGCAUGCUCAACAAACCGUUGGCAGUCAACGAUCUGGAGUCAAUAGAUCCUGAGUUCUACAAUUCCCUCAUGUGGAUCAAGGAUAACGACAUCGAGGAGUGUGGUUUGGAGAUGUUCUUCUCAGUUGAUAAGGAGAUCCUUGGAGAAAUCUCCACCCAAGAGCUUAAACCAGGGGGAGGAGACAUCCAGGUCACCGAGGAAAACAAGGAGGAGUACAUUAAGUUGGUAGCCGAGUGGCGUCUCUCCAGAGGAGUGGAAGAACAGACGCAGGCGUUCUUUGAAGGCUUUAAUGAGGUCCUCCCUCAGCAGUACCUGCAGUAUUUUGAUGCUAAAGAGCUAGAGGUGAUGCUGUGUGGAAUGCAGGAAAUCGAUCUCGGGGACUGGCAGAAGCACACCAUCUACAGACACUACACUCGAAACAGCAAACAGAUCAGCUGGUUCUGGCAGUUGAUGAAGGAGAUGGACAACGAGAAGAGGAUGAGGCUGCUGCAGUUUGUCACCGGCACUUGUCGCCUGCCCGUAGGAGGCUUUGCCGAUCUCAUGGGAAGCAACGGUCCUCAGAAGUUCUGCAUUGAGAAGGUGGGGAAGGAGAACUGGCUUCCCAGAAGUCACACAUGCUUUAACAGGCUGGACUUGCCGCCCUACAGGAGCUACGAACAACUGAAAGAGAAGUUGAUGUUCGCCAUCGAGGAGACGGAAGGGUUUGGACAGGAGUGAAGGGUGGAGGCGUUUUUGCUGCGACGUGGACAAAGCGACAGCGUUUAAAUCAGGGAGCGCCUGCAUAAACGGCAGGCGUUUGGGAGAGCUUACGGCCAUCUGUGCAUGCUCCGGUUAGGUACCUUUAUGGGAGCAUUGAUGAGGUCGCUACCAGCAUGUACAGUACUUUGGAUUGGAGAAUAUCUUCUCUGCUUCCAGAGCUCACAGCAGCCUACUCCCUCCCCCCCCUUCCCCCGCCUCGUUUCAAAACCAAAAUCUGAAGGCUUUACCGACUCACUUUUGAUGUUCUGCAGCAGUUUCGGCCUCCCAAACAUGUGGUCAUCACUUCAGCGCCAGUUAAAGGUCAGAUGAUCACAACGAAUAAUCACAGAUUUAGAAGGUGUCUUUGUUUUCAACAUAGCUCUGUUGCCCCAAAAAGGAAAAAAAAAAAAAUCUGUUGCAUUUGAUCAGGAGGGGCUCUUUAACGUCUCUGAACUAAUGAUUAAAAUCAAUCUUCCUCUAUAGGUUAACACUAACGUGACUUUUAAAAGCUCAGCGCUCUGAAUUAACUCUUCAAUAACAGACAAUCUUGGUGCCUCAGAGAUUUGGGAUUCCUGCUUGUUUUGUGCUCUGGAUUAUAUCGUGUUUGAGUCUGUGAAUCGAUUCAUGAUUGUCGACAGUGUUGUGACCAUUAUCUUUAGUGGUGGCGGCAAAUGUUAAAAAAAAAAAACAUUCAACUGACCCUAGUUUUAUAGGGCCAGAGUCGGCACACUGUGAUGUGUAACGGGACAAUAUGGGUUAGAGUAUUCUGGAAGAAUCUUCAUGAUCUUAAAAGCUUUACUCACGUUAUUUUUGUCUUUUAAUGUACUGAAGAUGUCCUCAUUAAAACUAUCACUUCGAAAUCCCAAGAAGACUGGGGGAAAAAAAGGCCAACAUUACAACAACCAGCAGUUCUUAACCAACUUGCUUGUCUCUUUAAACACAUGUAGCAUUUAAAUUGGAAUAACUGUUUUCUUGCCUUAUUUUGACUUCUCCAUCCUCAGAAAGGAAGGAAGGAAAACUUCAGUGUUUUCCAGAAUAAGCAAUACCUGGAAAAAAAGAGGAUGUGCAGGCUUUAAAUCCCGCCUCACUUUUUACACAACACAUUUUCUUUUCAUGGUUCAUUUGCACGAGAAUUAAACCUCCUCCGUCAUUUAGCGUGUGUUGGGCUGUCCAAAAUUAUGAGAAACGGAGUGAAAAAAUAUAUUUUAACAUGCCUCCACAUUAAUGGGCACCAUUUGGUGAAGAUGUGUAAAGCAGAAUUAAAAUAAAUGAUUCUUCUCCAAUAAGAUUGCCACCCCUGAUAUCAAUACUUUGCACAAUCCCCUGUUUGCCCACUGCUCUGCAAAGAAAAAAACAGACCCACAGCAUCACCAUACUUAACGGCAAGCAUGAAGCCAUACAUUCAUUCAUUUCUCACCAAACCCACCUGAAAUGUUUUAUUUUUAUCUGACCGAAGCAAACGAGUCCAGUUAAAUUCCCAACAGAGUUUGACAUGUUUAGGUUUAAGUUUGUGAUGGUUGAUCAGAAGAGGCUAAUUUCUUUCUUGGCAUCACUCCUAUGGCGACUUGGUGACCUGAAGAGGCAGCUCUUUGCUGCAGCUCCCGACUUAGGCCUCCCUACCAUCCUGCUCCGUGUGCGUGGGAGAAAGAUGCUGCCUGGGCAGCGGUUACAAGAAAGAGUUCUCACAUAUUUAUACACAAAAGAAACACAUAUAUAUUUAAGCAAAGUAUGCAUUUUAACAUGCUUUUUAAACAGAUUUUUAAGGUUGUCAAUUGUGAUUUUGUUAGUUGUAUUUAAAUCAAUGCACAUAGAUUAAAGGCUUUAUUUGUCAGAUUUGAAUGAUCUUCCACCGUAGAGAAAGAUUAAUUUAUUUUGAGGCUUUUUACACAUUUCUUUUUACCAGAGGGAUGCCAAUAAAUGUGGACGGUGCUGUAAGCCACCAGAUAAAGAUCAUCAGGGCUCUCCAUAAGUCGCGUUUGGUUAAUCGCUGUCCAGAAAAGACACUCCUCCGUCAACGAGAAGCUGACGUAGUUAAUCUUUAAAUGAAAUAAAACAUUGUGUUGUGAAGACUGUCCAGUUUGAACCAUGUAGUCGCACACUGAAACGGAAACUGAUGAGCCUUGGGUUCAGGGUGAAUUAUUAACUCUCCUGCAGCAGAGAUGGUUGCCCAGGUGGUUAAAAAUACCGGUCAGGCAAUUUUAAUCCUCCAGUGGAGAAACGAAAAUGAUCAGAAAUGUCCAGGAUACACUUGCAGUAGAAAAGCUACCAAGCUCGAUCGGUUAAUUUCAGCAAACAGAAAAAAACUGCUAUAUGGUAAAAUAAUGAAUGUAUCAGGGUGAAAGGUCAAGUUGUUUAUAGUUUGGCUUCGACUUUUCACCUCCUGUUACCAUUUUUUGAGUUGAUACCACAUGUAAAACCCCUGGAACGUUGCAAAUGAGCAGAUAUAGAAAUGUCAAUAGGAAUCCAGAUUAUUAUUUUUUUCUAUUUUCCAGAAUCCUGCUCAUCCAACUGAACCACUGUCACCCCUGUACAGGACGAGAAGCUGUAAAUGGUGUUCAUAACAAAGUUUCUUUUGUAAAAGAUUUUAAAUAAGAUGUCUAAGGCGAUGCUCUAUUUUCCUUUCUCUCUUUAACUGCUUAUGUGUAACAUAGAAAUUGUCACAUUAAUAAAUGAACUUAAAAACUUUG